UUGCAGAAUAACAAUUGCUUUAAUUUGGGAUGCAAAGCACGGCUGGGUGAUUUUUCUGUCUCUUCAAGACAAAGCUGUUAAUCGUCGUUUUAAAAGGCAUGUACAUAAUGCUAUGAAACACAAAAGAUUUGCUUGAACAGAUUUUCAUUUUUAACACAUUUACUGCCUUAAAACUACUUUGGUUCAUCAGCAGUAGGUUCCUGACAACUGCUGCUGUCUGAAAACUCUGUCCUCUUUCAACGAGAGGGUGCGAACGAGUGCUAGCAGCUGAAAAGUGGCACAAGGACUCUUGAGACCUUCCCGAGUCGAGCAGCAAACACACAGACAGCUCUCAGCGGCACCUCUGUCUCGCUGGAGACCUGUUUAUUUCUUCUUCUGCAUUCAUUUCCUCAGCAUGGCCAUUCUGCUCCACACGCAAAAAGAUUUUCUUUUGCGAUCUGUAACCGCGUGCAUCGAAAAUAAGGAUCAGCUCAUCGGUAGCUCGAGGCGUCCUAUCGUCAUUCUGAAGACAGCUCAAAGCCCUGCCUUUGUGCUGCUUGAAAUAAGCAGGAGCUGUGAGGUGAAUCAGCAAAGAUGCGGCGGCACGCAUUAGCUUGGCUGUUGCAUGCCAACCGCGUCUGCGGGUUACGCUAUCAGGUUUGUUCUGUCCUCCGCCGAGACUCUUCGGCGGCUCGAACAAUGAGGGGACGUGAGUCCCGCCAGAAGCAGGAGCUGCCGUUAGGUUCUGAAUGGUCACAGCGUACAGCACGGUACUGAAUGCGGAAUCCCAAAGGAAUUCGUUUAAAGGGGAAAUAAAGCUCGGUAACAGCACUAGGCUUCGAAAAGGAAGAAUUGUGCGUGUGUGUGUUUACUCUUCAGGAGAGAUGCUCGGAUAAUAAGAUGAGGGCUGACUCGUAAAGACUCAGAGAUGUUUGCAGUUCUAUCCUUUAAACAACACCAUCUAUAAAAAGAUUCGGACAAGUUUAUAAGCACUGAUGGACUGAGAUUUUCAGCAUCCUUUUGGCUCGGACACAGUCGGUAAAUCAGGCACAUCCCACAGUCGGGAAGCACAACUGGAAACAGCGCGCAGCCCCAGCUUUUCUUCGCUGAUCUGGAUCACGGCGAGCGAUCAGCAGCCUGACAGCAUUUAUACCACCGUCCUGACGGCGAAGCGGCUGCAUUCUCAGGCAGGCUUGUUCUGGUACAAACCCAUCCUACCACCGCCUGGAAAACGGUACUGCCAGCAGGCUGGCCCUGCGUGGCUGCGGUCAGCGAAUGACACGGAGGGUUGGGAAGAGGAGCGAGUGCUGAUGAGGGAGGACGCUCCUCAGCGCGGCGAUGUAAACGUUUCCCGUCCCCGUGCGGAAGGCGUCAGCGGCUCGGGAUUUAAGUGCAGAUGUCUCCUGCGCUAAAACUGGGAAGCAUUCAUCAUCAGCUGACAUGUCUUCCAGCAAAACUCCGAAUGAAAAUGAAACGCCCAAAGAGAGAAAUCCAGGACUGAGGGCUGCCCGAACAACCACUCUGUUCCGAGCUGUGAACCCGGAGCUUUUCAUUAAGCCUAACAAACCUGUGAUGGCAUUUGGACUCGUAGCAAUUACCCUCUGCGUGGCCUACCUUGGUUAUUUGCACGCAACAGUAGAGAAUAAAAAGGAUCUCUACGAAGCAGUUGACAGUGAGGGGUCCAGGUAUACGAGGAGAAAAACUUCCAAGUGGGACUGAUGACAUAAGGAAGGAAAUAAGCAAAUCAGCCACAGAACUUCUCAUGGCUGAAAACUACUGUUUUUCCUCUGUCUGUUAAAAUCAUGGUUAAGUCUCUCUUGUGUCUUUUAAUCCAGUAUAAGUUCCAUUAUAAAAUACCAUGGCUGUACAAAUAAAUUGUAAUUAAGAUACAUACAAACAUAAAAUUGAUUUUAAGGAUU